UGAAACCCCGAUAUGUCUCUUACUGACGCCAAAGGUUAACCUUUGCGUCUGCAUCAGAAGCUAGGGCCGUCCGUGACAAAGCGUCGGUAUUUGACGACCGGGAAUGAGAACGGGUUGCAACCAAUGGUAGGGCAAGUCUCUCGUAAUAUUUGCCUACCUCCUUUCAAUACCAUAAUCGUAAACAUACUUUCUAUCAGUUAAAUCGAUGAUGAGAUGGGGGCACAUUUAUGCGCCAUCCAUCGAUUUGCUACUCAUGAUUGAGUUCUCCGUCACAAACCUCCCUGCAGCACAACCCCCGUAGUAUUGAAAGGGGCGGUCUGGAAAUAUUCUGAGUGAAUCCCCCGUGUUCCGUUUUUCCUCCGCUAUUGCCGCGUCUCAUAGCGCUGGAUGCUCAAGGGACAAGAGCCACAGUUGACUUGUUUGUCAUCUUUGCGCGGUGCAGAAAUAAUCAGUUUUUUGUUGUUGCGUGAUUUUGUUUUGGAACUAUACACCAAGAUGGGGAAAGUGGAGGGAGGCAUGAAAUGUGUGAAAUACCUUCUUUUUGUGUUCAACUUCAUGUUCUGGUUGAUGGGCUCCUUGGUGCUGGCAGUUGGGUUAUGGUUGCGUUUUGACCCAGAAACCGUGUCCCUCCUCAAUGGUGACGGAGCACCAGACACGUUCUUCAUUGGUGUGUAUAUUCUGAUAGGGGCUGGAAGUCUGGUGAUGUUAGUGGGCUUUUUUGGGUGUUGUGGUGCAGUUCGGGAGUCCCAGUGUCUACUGGGUUCGUUCUUUGCCUGCCUGCUGAUCAUCUUUGGAGCCGAAGUUGCCGCCGGUGUGUUUGGAUUCUUAAACAAGGACAAGAUCAUUGAAGACGUUCAAAGCUUCUACGUCAAAACUUUCGAUGACAACAACAACAACAAUGGCACAGGGGUACUAACCUCCUAUCACAAUGUGUUAAAGUGCUGUGGCACCACAGAGAGACCCUGCCCUGACGCCCCAGAAGAGACCAAGACCUGCGAGGAAGCCAUCGAGGAGUUCUUCAACACCAAGCUCUACGUCAUUGGCUACGUGGGCAUCGGCAUCGCAGGUGUGAUGGUCAUUGGAAUGAUCUUCAGCAUGGUGCUGUGCUGUGCCAUCCGGAACAGCAGAGAGGUCAUCUAGACCCCCUCACCUUCAGCCUCCCUCAACCCCUGACCCCCGACCUCUGGCCCCUGACAACAGCUUGCCCCUCGGAAACUCUGCAUCAACAGCCUUUGGAGCAAUGCGUGAUGUCAUCAGUCUGCGUCAAAGACAGGAUGUGAACAGGAUAGGUCAUCCUUGGUCUCUGUCUAACUUACAUUUCUCAGAUUUUUCCCUAACUAGUCCUACUGCGAUAUGGCUUAACUGUCUGACGUGUCAAAAGCAUGUAAAGGAAAGGCAAGGGACAGUUUACAGACCCAUUUAGUCACCAUCAUUGUCAAUGCGCUAUUGACCCAAAUUCACAAUCCCAAUUCACCAUUUAUGGGUCCGUUAGGAGUGUGAGCUCUCCGUCCUUCCCUCAGAGCAGAGAGGGCAGGGUGGGGUCAGCAUGUGAGAACAUUCGUGUGUGUGACGUGAAACCAAGGGCACCCAAAAGGAAUCCCAGGGAGAAAGCUGAUUGGUUGUCAUGGGUCCUGUCCCUGUACUUUAAGCAUGCACUGUACACACACCGUACACAUGGCACAUACUCACACCAGUCACAUGACUCACAGCUUUUAUGGGCUCCUGACACACCACACGCAACACAUACACAACACACCACAUAGACACCACACACCAUACACACACCAUACACACACCAUACAC